UUCCGCUCUUGAGGCGCCCUCGAGUCUCCCCAGCCCACUUCCUCCUGGCUGUCGCUGCGGCCCCGCGAAGGACGCGCUCUUCUCCCCAUUUCCCAGAUUGGCCAGGGGAACGGGCGGCCGUCCGGGGGCAGGGUGCGGGGAGGCAACUGAGACUCCAUCUGUGAAGCAGCAUCAUGGCAACAUUCCUGAAGGCUAAGGAUGCCAAUUCAGUCCUGAAGCGGGUCCCUCGUGCCAAUGAAUUCCUGGAGGAGCUGCGCCAGGGCACCAUUGAGCGUGAGUGCAUGGAGGAGGUGUGCAGCUACGAAGAGGUCAAGGAGGUGUUCGAGGAUAAGGAGAAAACGAUGGAGUUCUGGAAGGGGUACCCGAAUGCAGUCUACUCGGUCCGAGACCCUUCCCAGACCUCGGAAGCCAUGUAUGUGGUGAUACCCCUUCUGGGGGUGGCAUUGCUGAUCGUCAUCGCCCUGUUCAUCAUCUGGAGGUGCCAGCUGCAGAAAACGACUCGCCAUCACCCGUCCUAUGCUCAGAAUCGGUACCUGGCUAAUCGCACGGGCCACAACUUGCCCCGGGUCAUGGUGUAUCGAGGCAACCUGCACACGAGCCACGGGGAGUCCUCUGGGCAUCGGGAGGCGGGGAGCAGCUCACAGGGGGUUUCGGGGCCCAGCCGGGCCAUGCAGAGCACCGUGCGCCUGGAGAGUAGCCUGUACCUCCCUGAGCUCUCUCUGUCCAGACUCUCCAGUGCCACCCCGCCCCCCUCCUACGAGGAGGUGACUGCACCCCAGGAGAGCAGCAGUGAGGAGGCCAGCAUCUCUUACAGUGACCCGCCCCCCAGGUAUGAGGAGAUAGUGGGUGCCAGCGCCAGCCCAGACAAGUAGGCGCCCAUAUGUCCAGUCGGGGGGAGCCUCUUUCAGGGGCACUUUUUCUUUCCUUCUCUUUUUUUAAUUAACUUUUUAAAGACUGUGCCACCACAAAACAGCCUUAGCCUCCUUGUUGCCAAAUAAUUUCCCAACCGUGGAUUUUUAGGAAAUCCAUGGUCAGAGGCGGGGUGGGGGUGGGUCAGAGCCCCCCACCCCCAU